CUGAGGACUUAUUUAGAAGCACAUGGGAAAAGAAUAGGUCACAAAGCUGUGAUUAAAGCAUAUCCUUUUAUGGAAGAGAGGUUUAUGGACUAACACAAGCAAACUAUUUCCGGAGGACAGAGAUCCAGUGUCCACUUUUCUCUUUUCUCUUCUGUGGCAAAUACUUGGCUGAAUCGAGAUGGGCUGGAACAGCAGCACUUCCAUUGGUUUUGUGUUCAUCCUGGCUUUUCUCUCCAUUUUGAAAACAGCAGGUUUCUGGAACAGCAGCACUUCCAUUGUUUUGGUGUUGAUCCUGGCUUUUCUCUCCAUUUGGAAAACAGUAGGUUUCUGGAACAAUGACCAAAGACAGAACUUUCCUCCAGGUCCAAGACCACUGCCUAUAAUUGGAAACCUUCUUUUGUUUGACUUGAAGAGACCCUACAGGACUUAUCUACAGCUGUCCAAAAUAUAUGGUCCAGUCUUCAGUGUUCAGAUGGGGUACAGGAAAGUUGUAGUGAUUUCUGGCUAUGAGACAGUGAAGGAAGCUCUUGUAAACCAGGGAGAUGCAUUCGCAGAGAGACCUAAAAUCCCAGUCUUUGAAGAUUUGACCAAAGGAAAUGGGGUUGUUUUUGCCCAUGGUGAAAACUGGAAGGUGAUGCGAAGGUUUACCCUCACAGCCUUACGAGACUUUGGGAUGGGCAAAAAGGCCAUUGAGGAUCGAAUCGUGGAGGAGUACGGGCACCUGGCAGAUUCCAUCGCCUCACAGGAAGGAAAUCCCAUUGAUGCCAGCAAAAUAAUUAAUGCAGCAGUUGCUAAUAUAAUUGUGUCAAUAUUGCUUGGAAAACGAUUUGACUACAAAGACCCCAGAUUUGUGAGACUUCUAAAUCUGACCAAUGAAAACAUGAGGCUUGCUGGGAAACCUUUGGUCACGAUGUACAAUAUCUUCCCAUACCUUGGAUUCCUCCUAAGGGCUAACAAAGCUCUCCUUCGAAACAGAGAUGAAUUCCAUGAUUUUGUACGAGUUACUUUUGUAGAGCACCUCAAAAACCUGGACAAAAAUGACCAAAGAAGUUUUAUUGAUGCCUUCCUGGUUAAACAGCAGGAGGAGAAAUCCACUACCAAUGGGUAUUUCCAUAAUGACAACUUGCUAAGCUUGAUGAGCAAUUUGUUUACUGCUGGUGUUGAGACCAUUUCCACCACACUAAACUGGGGCUUUCUGCUGAUGCUAAAGUACCCUGAAAUCCAGAAAAAGGUCCAAGAAGAGAUAGAGCAAGUGAUAGGGUCCAACCCCCCACGGAUCGAGCACCGAGCUCAGAUGCCAUACACAGAUGCUGUCAUCCAUGAAAUUCAGAGGUUUGCCAACAUCCUGCCACUGGAUUUGCCUCAUGAGACUGCUGCAGAUGUCACCCUCCAAGGCUAUUUCAUCCCCAAGGGAACCUACAUCGUCCCUUUACUGACCUCAGUCCUGAAAGACCAGUCGCAGUGGGAGAAACCAGACAUGUUCUACCCUGAACACUUCCUUGAUGCCAAUGGGAAAUUUGUGAAGAAAGAUGCUUUCAUGCCUUUCUCAGCAGGGAGGAGGAUCUGUGCUGGGGAGACUCUUGCCAAAAUGGAGCUCUUCCUCUUCUUCACCAGUCUCCUGCAGAGGUUCAACUUCCACCCUCCACCUGGAGUUUCCAACUCAGACCUGGACCUCAGCCCUGCCAUUUCAUUUAAUGUCAUCCCCAAACCCUAUAAAAUGUGUGCUGUAGCACGUUCCUAGAGCUCUAAUCCAUUGUGAUUCUAGAAUGUUUAAAUCACUUUCCCAUGGCAUCUGUGUUAUUAAUUCUUUGACCAAAAUAAUCCAUAUUUCAAUUAAGGUUUCCAGCACUUCUAAACCAAAGUGGUGUUCUUUUAUUUUUUACUUUUUGGGACAGGGCAGAAAUGGACCAGAAGUGUGAAGUAACUGAUGGCUCAUGGAUUAAUCUCUUAGAUCACCUAAUCUCAGCUAAAUAAUACAGGCCUUCAGUUUUCCUGUUCUGGCUGCCAUGUUCACUGUUUGUUGAAAGCAUAUCUCAACAAAUGCUCCCAAGUCCAGGUUUUUCCCUAAAGACAUAUGGGCUAUGAAGCUGUGUUUAGAUUGUACAUGGAGAUAAAUGUAGGAUGUUCAGAGUUUCAGGCUGUCAGAACAGAAGGGCUGUUUGACCUUGGCAGUCAGCUGGGAUUGAAGCUGGGCUGGAUAUCCUGAUGGUCCCCAGUGUCCCAGUGCAGCUUCUUCCCUUGGCUCUUCUCCCUACGCCAUUUCCAUACGCAAAGAAAUCAAAUUGUUGUAGAUCACUUCUGAGGAAAAACCUUAAGCCAAGUUGACCUGAAUCCAGAAGCUCUUUAAGAUUUUCCCUGAGUAUUCCUUAAAUGGAUAAACUCAGUACAUAAAGCAUACACAGAGGAAAAUAUCUUACCUAUUUAAAGCCAAGGUUUGUGAAAUGGAAGUUUCAGGUGCUCCCAGGUCAAAUCACAGAGCUGUGGUCACAGCUCCACAAACACAGAUCAACAUCGGUGAACCUUCUGGAAGAGGCUUCAAAUCUCAUCAAAAGCAACAAUCAGAUCAUUCUGCAACUCUGUGCAAGAGAAUCCACCAUCAAGUCAAGCUAAGACCACCUGCUUAAUGUCUGGAUUUAUGUUCCUGGUUCUUGUUACCCUGCUUAUGUGUGCAUGAAAACCCCAAAGUAACAAUACCCACAGCCAGCCUAUCAUAAAUCACCCACUGUGGGGGAAAAAAAUUAAAUUAAAUUAAUUAUGGCUUGCCUCUGUAUCUAUCCAGUGUUGUAAUGCAACAGCUCAUUCUUCAGUUACUAUUUCAACUUCCUUGUGUGGAAGCUGAUCUGACUCCUACUCACUGCCCUUCUCCACACUUUCUUUUCAAAAUAAAAAACUUUCAAAAAGG